GAGAUUGUGGUGGAGCAGACCAAGUAAGCAUAUGUCCCGAAUGUGGAGUUCUUAUAGGUGGCAGUAAUCACCAGACUCUUGCUGUAAAUGAACGUAACAUGGAAUAUGAGAGCAUGGAAUAA